UCCACGCCUCUUCAGCUCUCUCUCUCCUCUCCCCUCCCCCUCCCCGCCGCCUCCUCUGAUUCCUUCGCGAGGGUUUUGCCGGCGCAGAGCACGGUUAUGGGGUCGCCGGCCUGGCGCGGCUUAUGGCGAGGCUUGUCGAGAUGUGGCCGCUCCCCCUACACCGCGGCGCCCCCUCCCAGUCUCUACCUCGCCAGGGCAGCAGAGGUCCCCGAUGCGUCGGGGCGCCGCCAUCUCGCCGUGCAGCGGCACGCGAUCUCACACAUGCUGGGAACCAUGGACCUGGCGCCUAGCAUCAACACGGAGGAGUGGUGGAAGAGGAGGAGCCGGUACCACGGGGCGAGCUGGGUUCAGGCGCACGCUCCGUCGCGCUUCUUCUCGGCUACCCCCAAGGAUCUACUGAAGGGUUCGAAGGCGGAUCCGAGCGAUCUUGCGGUGCCGAGUCCAGGUGAUGAUGCACACGGUCCCGGGGACAUGGCGAUGCACAAUCGGUUCGCAUCGGCACAACCGCUCGCGCUUGUAGAGCAGGUGAAGUGGUGGCAGAUCAGAUAUCUGAGUAAAGGCGCACAAGCUGCUGGUGCAAUUGACUCUAAUUUUGAAAGAGGCUUGAUAUGUGUUGAGGUGUACGCUUAUUUGUACCUCCCUCUAAUACGCCGGAGAGAAAUGUUGCCAACGCUGUCUUCUUCAUAUCAUAUUUUUCCUCAAAUGCACAGAUUUUUUUCGCGAAGAAAGAGAAAGUUUCAGGAAGAAAUCAUUUUGAAGGCAAAGAACUCCAGCGUUUUAUGUUUGGAUGGUACCAGUGCUGAAGUGAAAUCAAGCCUGAGAAAAGUAAUUGCACGGUUGCGGCAGUUUUGCUAUGACCAUGGGGAGCGUGUUGAUGUCUCAUCUAUCUAUGGACCUGGGAGCGAGGUAUAUACUCCACCAGGAGUUGGUACAUUCCAUCUUGAGGUCUUACACUGCGAAAGAUCCAUCAGCUUUCCAAUUUUGGCAAACAAGCUAUAUUUCAGAGCCUUCAGAAAUGGUCACGGUAUGUUUGUAUUCAAAGAUGAGGAGGAUUUUAAAUGUGAUGAGGAUUACAUUGUGCUUGACUUUACGGGUAGUUAUACCUCUGCUGGCCUUGGUCGGCAUAGUGUCGGGGACACAUGGAUAGGAACUCAAGCUCUUAGACACGCAUUUCAUGUCAUAUCCAAGUGCAACGGAAGGUCUACAGAUUUAUUGAAGCAAGCUAUCAAGAUCUUCAUAAUUCAUAUAGCUGAAGCUGCACGCAUCCAAUGCGUUCUUGAUGCAGUUUGCGAAUCAAUUACUGGUGAAAGGACUCAUCUAGAUGAGCCUAAUUCGCAACCUACCUGUGCACCAUCUAGUGAGCCAGAGGCUGAGGCUGAGUCUGCUCCUUCAAGUGAGGCUGAGUCUGCUCCUUCAAGUGAGACUGAGGCUGCAGUUUCGCCAGCCGCUUCUCCACCUUCGAGCGCUACUGAGGCUGCUCCUGUUGCUUCAUCACCAGCCCCUCCACCAUCUUAUUGGAUUGCAACUUACGGACAUUAUUCAAAUGAAGCUAAGGAAGCAAUCGACGCGCAACUGACCAACAAUGGGAAAUAUACCAUUAUUAGUAAGGAUGAUUAUCAGAUAACAUCACUGGAUGAUAUCUUGAAACAGAUCAGGAUAUUAUCCCGGGAAGUGCACAACAAGGGUGUAUUUGCACACAAAGCAGACGACUCACUAUUGGCACUGCCAAAAGAGUGUCCGCCUGAUCCUAGUGGGAAGGAGGUAGAGUAUCCUUAUGCUCUAUUAGAGGAGUGGAACAAGGGCAAGAUUCUGUAGAAUGCUUUGCAGCAACUGAAGUUCAUUGCCUCAAGAUCAAUGCAUGAUUCUAUGACACCCAACAGGAUCACAUGCUUAGAAAUGGGACUCCGUGGUGAUGUGACAUUUGGCAUAUGCAGGAUGGCUUUUGACGCUGCUCCUUGGUGAUGAUUACUCAAUCAUCUGGGGCGCCUACAACCAGAGUGUGAUAGUGGUUUUGGUAUCUCAUAUAAAUCUAGUAUGGAUGUUAUAACGUGAAUGUAUUUGUUGUCUUAUAAGUGGCUGGCAUCUUUUAA